AUGAAAACAAAUAAUGAAAAAAGUAUUUUAUCAAAUCUAGUUCGUCAAUCUCAAAAUGAAUUUGAUGAAAAUGUAAUGAAUAAACAAAAAUCUUUUGUUGAUUUAACAAAAUUAAAUCAAAGAAUCAAUUAUUUGAAUGAACAAUUCUUAUCAACACCAGCUUAUCUUUUACCAUCGAUCGAUCAUUAUUUUGUUGAUUCAUUAAAACGAAUGCUUUUACCAAAUGAUCAACCACAUACAAACUUGAUUGACUUUUUUUUCUUCAUUGAAUCGAAGAAAAUUUUUUAG